AAAAUAUGCAAGUUUAGUACUAUAUACAAAAUUUUUUUUUUUUUCAAACGAUGAAUAAAAUAGAUAAAAACAUGCAUCUCAAGUUCAUAACACAAUUUGUGACCGUAGGAAUACUUUGCCUUUGGUCCCGGUUCUUAGAUUGGCUCCAUUAUUAAUAUUAUCCCCAAGCUUAAAUCAUUGCCGAUCACGAAUCCCAUUGGCCGUACAGAUUACCUUUCUUUUUCCGGCCGCUCGUGGGCCAAAACCACCACACCCCAGGGCCCUCCACCGCACUCACCACCGGUGCCUCCAAUCGCCACCUACUGCACCUUCACGUGAACAUCUUCAUUAUAGCAUUAAAUUAAUCCCAAGUCCCAACCCAUGUAAAAGUCAUUUUCCUUCUAUCGUCAAGAUUCCAAUCUUACCGUCAUUAUUCACCCCCUCAAAACCCCCCUAUAAAGCCCUCACUUUCUCCGCCACCAAGCCGCCAAUCUCAGCAAGGCGGAGCAAAACAUCUUUAGAUUUCAUAAAAAAAUAUUGAUUUAUAGAAAAAUACAGUAAUCGAGAAAGGUAGUAGAAGAAGAAGAAGAAGAAUGCUGCUGAGAAGCUCCUCAACACCGAUCUUGAAUUCACUGCUCCACAAUUCAACGGCCGGGUUUUGUUCGUCACCGGAGCCUGAGACACUGCCCCAGAUACCCAGGACCCGAUCGUUCUGCCUGACGAUGUCGUUGGAGGACGGCGCCGGCCGGAGCACCCCUACCCGGAGCUCGUUCGACUCGGAUCUGAUGGAUCCGUCGAAGCCGAAGCGGUGCUUGAGGCUGCCGACGACCCCCAGGCCCGGGAAAAUCAAGGAGAGGAGAGAAAACGAGGUGGGGUCCACCUUCCUGUCGAGCUCCGGGCUGGGAUCGGCGGCCACGGAGGAGGAGUGUCUGGUGGCGGCGCCGGAGAGGGAGCUGGUGGUGGGGGGAGGAGUCGGCUGCGGCGGCGGUCGUGGGGGGAUGCGAGGUGGUGGUGGGCGGGGCUCUGAUGAUAGAUCGGGCCCGGGCCAUUUGCGUGGGCCCGAGAGCACAGACGCGUACUACGAGAUGAUGAUACAGGCUAAUCCGGGGAAUCCCCUUUUACUUGGAAAUUAUGCUAAAUUCUUGAAAGAGGUUAAGGGAGAUUUUUCAAAGGCAGAGGAGUAUUGUGGAAGGGCAAUUCUUGCAAACCCAAGUGAUGGGAGUGUUCUAUCACUUUAUGCUGAUCUAAUAUGGCAGACACAUAAAGAUGCUGAAAGAGCUGAGGCUUAUUAUGAUCAAGCUGUUAAAGCUGAUCCAAACGACUGUUUUGUUCUGGCUUCAUAUGCUCGAUUCUUGUGGGAUGCCGAGGAUGACGAGGAGGUGGAAGAGGUAAAAACCGAAUAUGAGACACAGAGCAAUCACACUAAUAAUUCUCCUCCUAAGUUCUUCCAUGAAAAUGCUCACUGGCCUCUUGCUGCAGCUUCUUAAAUCUUUCAAUUUAGUGCCUUUUUUUAUCCUUACUAAUUGCUUCUGAGUUUGUGGUAAGACGAUAUAAACGGGUAAUAGGAGUAGUUUUGCUAACGCAUGUAGAAAAUUUCGUGUCUUGGUGUGAUCUCUCUUGUAUAUUACCAAAAAUUAGAGAUCCUAUUCCUGACUGUAAGUCGACUAUCCAUAUAUAUAUAUAUCAAUAAAUUGGCAUCUUUGGCCUUUCUCUUAAAAGAA